GGUAAGACUCGCCCGACCCUCCCGGGUAAUUAUCCCCCGGCGCCACCACCCGCUCGAGCAGUACGUGUGGCUGAUCGACCGCGAGGCCGGGCGCAACGACCCCAACUUCACCCCGAACUGGAACCUGUAUCGAGACGAGCUAACCCGGCAGUUCCGGCGCCUGCGCGAGGCCGACCCGCGCCUCAAGCCGCUCAUCGGCGAGGUGCACGUCGGGCGCCGCGCCAAGAUCUACAAGGAGCUGCUGCCCUCGGGCGAGGCGCUGUGCGUGCAGUGGUUCCUGGUCGGGGAUGCGAACGAGGAACGGGAGCAUGCGCGCACGAUGCAGCUGGUCGAGGAGCUGUGGGGCCCCGACGAGGAUGUGGACUCCGAGGCGGAGACGGUCGUGGUUCCGCUCGAUGUGCAGGGGCUGAGGAUUUCGGAGGAGGGAUUUUUUUGACCCAACCUACCCUGGAUGCGAGAUGGGGGGUGGGGCUUUUAGUUGAGUAUCUUGAUCGCUGGUUUGGUAUGAUGUUGAAUGAUUAUGUUACGUGAAUUAUAUUCAAUUUCGAAGUCUGUGAUUUCUGAGCUGAAAGGUGUGUAUAUUUAGGAGGAAGAAAUGAAGCGAAAACAAGAUAACAUCGAUAAAAUAUGC